GCGUGUCCGUUUUGCGACCAAAAAGAAACCCAGGUCCAUGCUUUUUAUGAGUGCUCAUGGGCUAGCAGAUUGUGGCAUACCUCAUCGGUCGAGCAUUGCUUUGCGAUGCACAUUGGCCCUAGCUGCAUGGAUUGGGUUCAGAAGGUAAUUGAGAGGGUUUCUGUGAGUGAUCUUGAGGACUGAUCGUGUUGUUGUGGUCGUUAUGGAAAGAACAAAACGCGCACCUGUUUAAUGGAAAGAAGAUGGAGGAAGUGGAGAUAGUGCCUCGUGCGAUCACAUACCUGGAGGAGUAUCGGCUAAACCAGCUUAAAGAAGUUCACCCGCAAAACUCGGAUAUGGUGGAAACCUGGAAGCGACCAACACAAGGGAGAAUGAAAGUCAACGUGGAUGUGGAUGCAGGUUUGGAUGAGGGAGGAGUGGGGCUGGGUGUGGUUAUGCGAGACCAUGCAGGAAGUUUUGUAUUGGCAGCAACAAAGAGAAUGAAGGACAUUACGGAUCCGACGAUGGGGGAAGCGCUGGCCUUCGAGUUUGGAUUACAGCUGGUUCGGCAACACCAUAUAGCAUCUCCGACGGUGGAAUCCAACUGUUUGACAGUGGUGAACAGUACGAGUGGGAUGGUGGAAGUGGAGACAGAAGUGGGGAUUGUCUACAGGAAAAUAAAGAAGCUGUUGGGGAGAUCGAUAACGGAAGCUUGUGGCAUGUGCGCAUGAAGGCAAAUAAAGCGGCACAUAUCAU